UAUAUAGACCACCACAACAAGUGGUACAACUGGUACAAGAUGUGAAUCCAUCAUUUUCAGCUGGUUCCUUAUUGCAUACUUUGCAUUUUUAUAUAAAAAUCUAACAUUUUAAAAUUUAAAAAGUUACGUAAAAUAAAUCAUACAAGAACUUUGUUUGAUAUGCAUACUGGACAAUCACUUUCACUCAUCAUUUUGUAUAUUUAUUUGCGGUUUUGAGGUUGUUAACAAAGUGCUAGUAAAUAGUAAAUUUCUGAAAUCAUGAGUAUGAAACUUAGCAAUUGGCCGACAUCACUCCCAUCAACGUUACUCAGGUGGCAAAUUGGCAUUCCGCUUCAUCGACAUGAAAUGGAUGAAAGUCCAAGGAUGACCACCAACAUUAUCCGACAGCUUUUAAAAUCCCGAUCGAAUUCUAGUCAGACUGGGAUCGAGACCGCAAUGGUGUACGACCCGGAAGUUCACCGCAGGAAGAGGAGAAAGCUGGAUAAUUCCGGUUCCACCACCAUCACCCCACACAAAUGGUCAUGCAUCUUCUCGCAACAUCUUAUCGAUUAUGAAUUUCUCAAUCAAUACAUCAUCGUGCAAGGUCGAGAGCAGUCGCAUUUCUUUACUCCUUCCAAAUCAAUUCAUACUCUGCCCACGCUGCACUUCUCCGUCCCAUCCUGGCGCAGUUAUGACGUCUGGCAUAUUAAACCGAAUAUGCCGCUGAUGACAGUGGGAGGAGUUUUGGUCAAAAUUCCAAAUACUUUAAUUCUGCUGGGAGAAAACGGGAGGGAGUUGUUCUUGUAUGGGAUGGAAAUUGGGAAAAAGUUGGAUGAGGAAUCAAUGGAAGAAGAGUAUGAUGACGUUAUUGUACACGAAGGGGAAGAUUUGAUAUACGUGGGGUCAUCAGAGAAGCAGUAUUUGGUCUUCAAGUACCCCCCACUCCAAGUCAUGCACAGGGUCGUCAUUCCCAGCAAUGUUUGGAUCGGGCUGAGAGGAUUCGAACGUCUUGGUGGAAUUGCGCUAGCGUCGAAAAAGAAUAACGUUGAGGUGUUUGAUUAUGAGGAGCUGAUCGCAAUUAAUCGAGAUGAGAGUACAGGUCGGGACAUUGUUUUGAAGAAGCAACCUGAACCCUUGGUUUCUUUGAAGACCCGAAAUGGUUAUCUUGUUUUCCUUGCGGGGUCAUUCCCUCCAAAGGUUGUGGUUGAGAGGAGAAGGGGUUUAGAAGCGAUUUACAGUCUGGAAAAUGAAAAAACUCCAAUUUUCUAUGUUAUAUCUGAUCUGCAGUGGUCAGACGGCGACAAAGGAAUGAUACAAUGUUUUGAUGAACAGAGACAAAUCAUUUUCGUGUUUCGACAACAAGUGGGAUUUGACGUUUUAGGUUUUAAUGAAGAAGAAGGAAUAUACAAGAAUAUUUUUAAGAGUAAGGAUUUGCUAAAGAAGUGCGAUAUGGCAAAAUUGAGGAGAAUUUGUGGUGGCGUUAACGAAGCAGCGUCGUCCAAUGCAUCAAGAAGAAAUAGGGAUGGACUUCGUUCCAGGAAGGAUAAACCAGUCAAUGACAACUUGGAAGAAUCUUUGAAACAGUGGGGAGUUGGUUAUGAUGAAACCUUUGAUUUGCUAGCGGUCUGUUUAUUCUGUGAAAGUUUGCUGUGGACCUUUAUCUUGGACAGUGAUACUUUAAAAAUGGAUGUUUUUCGGGCAUUAAAUCCUGUCCAGAUUUCUGUCCCUCGUGUACCUGCGAAACGCUUGGGCUGCUCUUCUAUCAAUGUUCAUUUUUACGAGUGGUUCAUUUCUGUAAAGCUUGACUUGUACAAUAUUGACUCGUUCGUUAAGUAUGAGCAAGUUUAUACAUGCAAUCUAUUUGGGGAGGAAACGAGUACAACAUAGUCAAUUCUCAUAAACAUGUAUUUGGAAUUUAUUUGUGCGUGUAUUUUUUAUAUGUAUUUUGUUCAUGAACGAUUUUAAAAAUAAAUUGCGUGUCCCGGUAUUUAAAA